CUCUUCUCGUCGAGUUUUCCGCCCUUCGAGGUUCAAAAGUCGUCAAUAUGGGUGGUGUCACCGUUCGCGAUGUGGACGCGCAGAAGUUCAUUGCUGCUUACUCCGCUUUCCUGAAGCGUCAGGGAAAGCUCCCCGUCCCUGGAUGGGUUGACACUGUCAAGACCUCGGCCUCCAACGAGCUUCCUCCCCAGGACGCUGACUGGUUCUACGUCCGCGCCGCCUCCGUUGCCCGUCACAUCUACCUCCGCAAGACCGUCGGUGUCGGUCGCCUCCGCAAGGUGCACGGCUCUGCCAAGAACCGUGGCUCGCGCCCCUCCCACCACGUCGACGCCUCCGGCUCCGUGGACCGCAAGGUCGUUCAGGCCCUCGAGAAGAUCGGUGUUCUGGAGACCGAUGAGGACAAGGGUGGCCGUCGCAUCACCGAGAGCGGCCAGCGUGAUCUGGACCGUAUCGCCAAGACCACCGUCGACGAGGAGGAGGAGGAUGACGAGUAGAAGAAAAAAAUAAAGAAUGAAGCAUCGUUUUCUUUGAUGGCCCCUUUCUUGUUUUUUUUUUUUUCUUAACCUUCUCUUUUUAUCCUCUCGCCUGUCGUGUUUCCCUUCCUGGUCUGGGUUUUUAUUUGGGA